AUGGUUGAUGACUCGCUGACACUGCCAUUUAUCUACGAUAGGAACAACCACACCUUGGCUAGAUGCAUUGGUUGCGAAGAAUAUCAAGAUCCAAAGUGUUCGUACCUGUUUGAUAUCAAGUACGAGGAUUGGGAACCAAUGAGACAUCACAUGCUCCUCAUGAGGGGAGAAAUCACACAGUUGAUGGGUGAUCAGUGCUGUAUCAUCUCAUGGGACAACGGUCAGCAGAUUCACCUUCCUAAGUCUGCUGUUCGCAGGGCCGAUGUCAUUCAGCCGUGA